CAUCCUAACCCCUCAACCCUAAACCACUUGCUUUUCACUGUUCGAUUCCAAUCUUUGCAUUUCUGCUGCGGUAUUUCCACAGCCAUAGCCACAGCCAUGUGAGAAUACUAGUCGUCGCUGCGUGAACGGAAUCGUGUUCAGUCACCAUGGAACUGAAAACCUCGUCACUUCAGUCUCUCUCGUUCGGGAGUUCAUGGGGAUCUUACAAUUUCGGAAUUAAAGUGUCCUUGAAAAUUCCUGCUCGUCGUGUGGAUGUUGGGUUUCCGGUCUGUAGGUGGGAGCACCUAGUACGGAAGCCUGACUCGGAGCUCACACCGAAAGAAUUGCACCAGAAGAUGAAAUUGCGGAUGUGGAAGGAGCAGCGGAGAGUGAGGAAGGCGGAGAAAGUGGCUGAGAUUGUGAGGCAGCAGGAGCUGGAAGCGAGCAGGAGGAGUCCGCGAAGGAGGAAAGGUUUGUGUAGUUUUGAGAAAUAUAAGCUUGAGAAGGAAAAGAUUGAGAAGGAAGGGGGCAGUUUCCAGCGUGAUGUCUGGAAGUCGGGCGUCAAAGGGAAAUCCACGCUUUUGAGUAAGUUUGAGGAGGAGUUUGCGACAUGUGUUAAGGAUGCAGUUAGUCGCAUUAAACCCAGCAGUAAGAGGAGCUUGGAAAGUAGUAAAGCCGAGCCUGUGAGCGAGAAUUUGAAUAGUCCAGGGAAGGGCAUAAAAGGGGAUUCGAACGAAGAAAAGGAUGGGAUAGAUGAUUGGCUUUUAGCGUAUGCAUUCCAUAGCAACGGUAAUUUAGUUGUGAAGGAAACUGCAGAUACUGAAGUGAUAGAUGGCAGUAUUCGAAAAAUUCACGAAGGAAGGGUGGAGGUCCAAAGAAAGGAGGGAAGCACGGGUGUGGCUAUUACAACACAUAUGCAGCCUAAGCCUGAUGAGUUCUCGCGAAGUGUACAUAGGGCUGGAGAAGCUUCAUCUGUGAAUAGUCAGCAGGAUGAGAGGUUUCGUACCAAAACAGCAGGAGAGUCUUCUGAUGUAUCGUCUUUUCAUGUUAUUGAUCAUUCUUUUAGUAAACGUAUACCCAUCGAAAGGCCCACCGUAGGAAACCCUAGGCUUCAAAACAGGAUAGCGAGAAAUUCGUUGCACAGUAGAGAUAAAGUACAUGCAGGCGCAGCAUCUGAGGAUGCAUCUGGAGAUGGAUACUCUUUGGAUAAUCUUGAAGGUCCGAGGGAUUGGCGUGUUAAUCCCAAAACCCCUAGACGAAAAGAUAGAACUGUCGGUCAUCAGAUCAUCAGUAGAAGAAAGGGAGAGCCAUUGUCAACUUUGUUAGAUAAUAACUCAGAGUAUGUUACUCCGAGAACAUACCGUAUGCUCGAGGCAUUGCACAAGGACGUGACUACUGAAGUUUGGAGGAAGCCAGUCGAUGAGACAGAGUCAUUGGAAUGGCUGGUUAAGGAGUUAGUGGGAUCCAGCAAGAAGCAGAAAUUUUUCCUCUCACGGCUCAUGCAUAGUGCUCGCUUGAAAUGGACGGACUCCCGUCUGUUGGAGUUAGUAAAAAUGCUUGGGGCGUGUCGUGAGUGGCGGAGAGCCAUGGAAGUAGUGAAUUGGGUUCAUCACCGAGAGCAUUUCGCACACUGUCGAAACAGACAUGUUAUGACGACGUUGCUGGCUGUACUCGGAAAGUGCCAUCGACCUGCAGAAGCAUUGGAUGUCUUCAACGCAAUGCGCGAGGAACACUCGACUUACCCAGAUAUGGCUGCUUAUCACUCUAUUGCUGUGACACUCGGCCAGGCUGGUCAUCUUACGCAGUUGCUGGAUUUAAUUGAAUCUCUAAGGGAGGGACCUGUGAAGAAGACUGUUAAGGGCUCACCCAGACAGUUGAACUGGAAUGGGCGGCUGGAGCCGGACAUUGUGGUUUACAAUGCUGUCAUAAAUGCAUGUGUACCUCAUAGACAAUGGGAAGGGACGGAAUGGGUCUUUCGACAAAUACAAUCCUCUCGAAUUAAGCCCAACUCUGCCACCUAUGGUCUUGCAACUGAGGUUAUGGUAAAAUCAAGACAGUAUGACAAAGUUUGGAGAUAUUAUGAACUUAUGGAGAGAGGAGAUUUUCUUCCCAAUGCCUCAACUUUCAAGGCACUUGUGGAGGCUCUUGGUACAGCUGGAGAGAUAGACCAGGCCAUUGAAGUGGUAGAUGAUAUGGAGCGUCGAGGGAUCCUUGAAUGUGCCGGCGUGUACUAUGCACUUGCAUCAGCUCUUUGUACUGCGGGUCGGUUAUCGGAAGCUCUUGUGCAAGUGGAAAAGCUAGCCAAGCUUCCUACGAAGAAACUGGACGUGGUAACAUACACUGGCCUGAUUCACACCUGUGAGAAAUCAGGCCGCUGGCAAGACGCCAUAUUUUUAUUCGAUCACAUGGAACAAUUUGUGUGCGCUCCAAAUUUGGGGACAUAUAACAUCAUGAUUUCCCUUUAUGGGCGGCACUGCCUGUUCGAGAAAGCCAAGAACAUGUUUGAAUUAGUGAAGAGAGGCGCACACAAGGAAAGCAAAUUUUAUCAAGCUAAUUUAUCAAGGCUUAGUCCCACUGAGCAAACAUAUGAGUCUAUGCUAGGUGCCUGCGUGGUCUGUAAGGAGUGGGACUAUUUUGAAGUAGUCUUGGAAGAGUUUCAUACUCGCGGAUUUCACCUGGAAUGCCGACGCCAUGCAUGGUUCUUAUCGCCCCUUACCAAAGCUGGACAGGAACGACUCAUUCACCUCAUGGUCAUGCAUUUGCAACGUCCGAACGAGUCUCCAAGUGCAGACUUGUACAGGUUGCUUCUACCAUUGCUAUCCAUGCAUAGGCAAUACAACCUGACCCUUAACUUUCUCAAUGUUUUACUUGAACUGGGUGUGGCUCUCAACACAGCAGAAUGGUCUUCAAUUUUUGGAGAGGCUCUGCAUAAAUUACCUAUGUUGGAACUGGAGCAAUUUAUAUGCGCAAAAAUGGCAGCUGACGAAGUGGAGGAUUGUAAAUUAGUGAGGACAUUGUUAGAGUGUCUUAUUUCUGUGGGGGCUGAAACAAAGGCGAGGAGGUUAGUGAGCUUAUUAGGUCUGCAAGUGGGUCUGCUAGGUACUGUUACAGAUGAUGCUGUGGGCGAUCCUAGGCUACUUCCCCAAGAGUAGACGAGUCUUUCAUUGAAAUUAUUUAGUUUCAAUAAUCCUUGUUAAUUCGAGAUGCAGAAGCUGAUUUUUGCUGCAUCAAAGUUGACACAAUAAUCUCUCCGA